AGGAGCCGCUGGAUUGACCAUGCUCCACUGGAUCGUCUUCGUUUCUUUACUACGAGGUGUGACAAGUCUGAGGCUUGUGUCUCUGGAAGUACCGGAUAAAGUUGCCCGAGGUCAAGGCACCAGAUUAACGUGUGGUUAUGACCUAGAAGGUGACACGCUCUACUCCAUCAAAUGGUAUAGAGAUGACGUCGAAUUUUUCCGAUACGUCCCCACCGAUCGACCUCCAGGCCAGUUCUUUCCCCUGCAGGGUAUCAAAGUCGAUUUGGGUAGAUCAGCCAAUGGAUCAGUUUACAUUCGAGACAUCAGUCACCUGACAGCUGGAAUAUACAAAUGCGAAGUCUCUGCAGAUGCUCCUUCCUUUCAGACAGUUUCUGCAGAAAAGUCGAUGUCUGUGCAGGAAUCUGCUGGCCAUGCUCAACAGGAAGCGGAUCGGAGCAGUGUCAACAUCCUGCUUUUAACCAUGUUGCUGAUCUUACAAUGGAGACAUCAUCUGUGAUGAUUCACGUUUUCGUCAUCAGAAUUCUUUUCCAAACAGUUGCUUUGUGCCUUGAGCAUCCUCUCCUCUAAAAGGGAAGCCUCAAAGUUUGAUAAUGGUAGACUGUUCCUUGAAGAAGAAGGUUUUAUAAAUGUGAAAUUCAUUCUAUGAAGAAAAGGUUUAAAAAAAGCUCAAGCAACUAAGCGGAUGUAACCAAUCUAGGACACUGUCCUAACAAUACACUAACUAUUGAUUCAUCUAACUCCAUUCGACAGGAACGGCUAAAUAUAUGUAUUGUAAUCUUUCGCACCAUUUGGAACUAUUAUUCCAUAAAUGGUGCGAUAGAUAUUAUCAUUAAUUAGAAACUACAAAUUUGUAAUUCAGCGUGAAGAGGUGUUCUCAUGUUUGUAUAUUUGUUUCGGAUCUCCAAUACGAAUCGCUAAAGAUAUCAUGAAAGAGGAUGUUUCAAACUAAUGUUCAAUGUUACCGAAUUUCCAAAGCCUUUUCAUCUCAUAUAAAUAGAUUGUGUCAUCAUACCCCCCUCCAUAAAAAGCAUGGUAGAUAGAAUAUUUUUUAUCAUAUCACAGGUGUCAAGCAAACGUAGCCAUAUUUCUUUAAAAAUAAACUUGUUUUUGAGGACCCAUAUCUUCUUCUAAUGAAAUAAUGAAACUCGUGCUCAGUCCAACAUUUGGAAUUUAACAAGGAUUUUGUAAGAAAAUAAUCCGGGGGAACAGAUGGUCUGUUUUGGCAUGUUUCGCGAAAUCAUCUGUUAAACAUAUUAUAGCUAUUUUACAUAUCUCUUAAGCUCAAGCAUUGAAAUGUGGGAAAUUUUUUCAUCUAACGAAGUACUUAUUCCCAAUAGUAUACCAGUUCGGUUUUUAUUAAUCGAAAAAUUACUCAAAUGAAUUCAAAUUACUCAAAUAAAUAAUAAAAAUAAGCUUGUAUUUGAGGAUCCGUAUCUUCUAAUAAAAUAACGAAACACGGGCUCAGUUUAACAUUUCUAAUUUAACAAGAAUUUUGUAAGAAAAUAAUUCAGGGAAACAGAUGGACUGUUUUUGGCAUAGUUCGCGAAAUCAGCUGUUAAACAUAUUAUAGCUAUUUUACAUAUCUCUUAAGCUCAAGCAUUUGAGAUUUUUUCAUCUAACGAAGUACUUAUUCCCAAUAGUAUACCAAUUCGGUUUUUAUCAAUAGCAAAAUUAUUCAAAUUCUAAUCUUCAUAAUAGCUAGGAUGUAUUAGAAAUUCAAAAUUCUGAUUUAUUGGUAAGAAUUCCAUGAAAAUCGGCCUGAAUCAAUAUAUAAAAAUUAAUUUAAAACACUAAUGUUACGCUUAUAGAGCUUAUAUAAGGGGUAUUCCAUAUCGACUUCAGCUAAGUAGCCAAAUUUAUAAAGCGUAAUAUUUAAUAUUUAUUGCUUACAGGCUUUUGGUAUCCCAGACAAAUUUUGGAGAUUUUUUAAUGCUCCAAAUAUGUCUUCCAAUGGUCGAAUUAUCAAGAAUUGUUCAAAUAAAUUUAUUUUGUAAGAAAAAUGGCUACUUAGAUAAGAGAGUGAAAUUUGUUGAAUAAAAAAUCGUUGAAAGGGAAAAGAAGGUAUUCUUUUCUGAUAAGAUCGCAUCCGGUAAAGAUAAAACCAGAGUUUGUUGUGUAUUAGAAUGUUAACAUUGUUCUUUAUUUUGUUGGACAUAAAAUUCUACACUCAUAUUUGUUCUAAAUCAGACUAUAUAUCAGAGUAAUUCGUGUUUUAAAUUUGAUGUACUGAGUUAUUUGCUGUGUUGUUUGUGAAUUUCGAUUUAUUGUGUAUGGUGCAUAAAUAAAGUAUAAUUUCAAAA